AUGGCGUUUAUUCAAGAGGAAAGUGAAGACGUAAGGAUUGAAAAAGUAUUCAGUUUGAAACAUGAAGAAACUGAGAAACAAACAAAGAUGGUGUUUAUUAAAGAGGAGAGUGAAGACAUGAGGAUUGAAAAAGUAUUCAGUUUGAAACAUGAAGAUACUGAGGAACAAACAAAGAUGGUGUUUAUUAAAGAAGAGAGUGAAGACAUGAAGAUUGAAGAAUUAGACCUGAUGGCACUGAAAGUGGAGAGUCAAGAACUAAAUGAAAUGGAAGAGAAAGAUCAGUAUGGGAAACAUCAUGAUUUCAUAACUGAAGAAAAAUCUUUUAAUUGCUCACAGACUGAAAAUAUUUCCUCACAAAACAUCACUCAAAAGACUGGAAAGAGUUUAACUGAAAAACGACACCUUAAAGUCCACAUGAAAAUUCAUAGUGGAGCAAAGUCAUUCAGAUGUAAUCAGUGUGGAAAGAGUUUCACUCUAAAAAGAAACCUUAACAAGCAUAAAAAAAUUCACUCUAGAGAGAAGCCUUUCACCUGCCAACAGUGUGGAAAGAGCUUCACUGAUAAAGGACACCUUAAAGUCCACAUGAGAAUUCACACUGGAGAGAAGCCUUAUACCUGCCAAGAGUGUGGAAAGAGCUUCAUUAAAAAAGCAAACCUCGAGGAUCAUAUGAAAAUUCACACUGGAGAGAAGGCGUUCACCUGCCAACAGUGUGAAAGGAGUUUCACUCAUAAAGGACACCUUAAAGGCCACAUGAGAAUUCACACUGGAGAGAAGCCUUACACUUGCCAACAGUGUGGAAAGAGCUUUAUUAAAAAAGCAAACCUCGAGGAUCAUAUGAGAAUUCACACUGGAGAGAAGGCGUUCACCUGCCAACAGUGUGAAAGGAGUUUCACUCAUAAAGGACACCUUAAAGGCCACAUGAGAAUUCACACUGGAGAGAAACCUUUCACCUGCCAACAGUGUGGAAAGAGCUUCAGUGAAAAAGGAAACCUUAAAAAACACAUGAUAAUUCACACUGGAGAGAAGCCUUACACUUGCCAACAGUGUGGAAAGAGCUUUAUUAAAAAAGCAAACCUCGAGGAUCAUAUGAGAAUUCACACUGGAGAGAAGCCUUUGACUUGCAAAUUGUGUGGAAAGAGCUUCACUGAUAAAGGGAACCUGAAAGUCCACAUAAGAAUUUACACUGGAGAGAAGCCUUACACCUGCCAACAGUGUGGAAAGAGCUUUAUUCGAAAAGAACAUCUCAAAGUCCACAUGAGAGUUCACACCAGAGAGAAGCCUUUUACCUGCCAACAGUGUGGAAUGAGUUUCACUCAAAAAGGACAUCUUAAAAGGCACAUAAUCAGUCACACUAAGGAGAAGCCCUUCACAUGUGGUCAGUGUGGAAAGAGUUUCAAACAUAAAGAAACCCUUAAUUGCCACUUGAGAAAUCACUUGUGAAGUUUGGGAAAAGUUUCAUUCUAAACGGACACCUGAGAUGUCACAAUUGAGAGAAGCCUUUGUUAUGUAUUUAGCCAUGUCAUGUCUUUAUCAGAUAAUCGUCUGAACAGGUGACACUCUGACAUGUUCAUUUUUAUUUCACCAUGGCCACUUCUAUUUGCAUCCUUCAUCUCUUUAUAGUUUGCCUUGAUGCUUUUUCUUUUCCUUUGGCAUGUGCAUAUAUAUGAAUGCCUGUUGCAACACCUGUCUGUUUGCUUUCCUAUUGUUUCAGAUAUUAAGCAGUUGUGUAAAUGCCCACUAAUUUCAGUUGUAUAACAGAA